CAGGGGCUAGAACCUGAAUCCCAACCUGAAUUUUGUGAGUAACCUCUGAUACCUUCUUCUGAAUGUAGAUACUUCUACCAAAGAAUCCAAAACUCCAAUCUGAUCUCUCUGUGAAAUUAGUCUUUAAUUGUGGACAUGGGAACCCUUUGUUUAGUGUAAUCAGAUACUGUAAAGUACGUGUUUAGGAAUGGGGAUUGGUCUUUUUGAAGCAGAAUUUUCCAGCCACUUCUGGCCCCUUUAGUCAGUGUGCCAAGUCAGAACUGUGCCUUUAUUGGCCAAGAGUUAAAUACUUCAUUUGAUGAGAGAUAAAUAUCGGGGUGCUGAAUGUACACUGGGCAGGAAAUAAAACGGGGGCAUGCUGCAAAUCGAAUUUCACAGUGCAUUGGUGUAUAUUUACAUGUGUAGCAUUUGGAGUCCUUUGUUCUGUCCUUUGCUAAUGUUUUAUGGAGAGUAUGACAUUAGUGUAAGUGUUGACCCACAUAGUAACCUUCGCUCUGUGCCCUUCUGCAAUCAGCAGCUCUGGACACCUGUGUUGCUUUCUGGGCUUCACUUGCUAGGAGAUGCUUGCCUUGCAGUAACUUUCAGUACAUUUUUUCAGUCCCCUGGUUUGUCAGCAGGUCAGUGCCCGUAUGUGUGCAUUUGAGGCAUCACAAUCCAGAAUCAGGCUGCGGGCAGACCACACUCCUUGCCAUCCUGAAUGCACCACUUCCACCCCAGUACAAGGCUGUGGAGUGGUGGAAGUGCUCAGGUGUGGGACGCUGUAGUAUGUCUUGUGACUUAAAACAUCCCUUCAUGUGAGCUACGAAACCCAUGGCGUGGGCAUCAUAUAACAUCUAGUAAUCAUUAAAGUGGUUUGUUUCCCUGUGUGACACAUGAGGAUUUAUGUGAGGAAUCUCAGCUGCCAAGUGCAGAAACUUUAGCUGUGACCCUUCAGCUCCUACCCAUUGAAAUAGGAUCUACCAUGUCUACCGCUAAUGAAAACAUUCCUUCCUUGAUAGGCAGAUACUCUCUGGUUAUGAAAAAGAAAGAGGAAAAAGCUCUUUUUUCAAGUACUUCCCCUAUGCUUUAAUCAAGUAUUUCUACAAGGCUUGCUUGUUGCUUCCCUUCUGUAGUGCAUCCCAUCUCCCUGCUACCACAGCGUCAUCUCCCAACUUUCUCUCCCUUCCCCAGCUCCGGAGCUGCAGGAAGAGCCAGCAUCUGGCCUGAUGACAGUGGCAGGCGAGUGACAAGCAGGCUGGGUGGGGGUGGCUGAUGAUGAGCAAGCCUAGUGACAGCAUGGUGUGACUAAGAACCCACUGGCUAAUAAAAGCACAGGAGGAGGAGGAGCAAAGUAUUUAAGGGUGUCAGGGAGAGAGAGAAAGGUUUCCACAAAUUUUUUGGUACACUUCAGCAGCCAAGUGGGUGGGCAACACAGUGAAAGGCUUCCUUAACUCUUAUCCUCUUAUGGGAUGAAAUUAAGGGGCUAAGAAGAUGGCACCAUUAACUGAAAAGUCUGAAUCAAGAGAUAAACAAAAUCCAGAAGUGAAAAAGGCAAUUCCUUCCGCCACAAUGAGCUCUGAACGUGAAGAAGUUGAUGUUGCAAAAACUGUUGUCAAUGGGCUGAGCAGCAACGGACAAGAAAAAGCUGUUGACGUCCCUUUAUACACACGCUCUAUUUCUGCCGUUACAAUAAUCCCUGUGAAGAAAGUGAAAAGUUCUCCUCACCUAGUGCUGCCUACAGAAACAGAUCCCACUAAAGUCUGCAGUGGAAAAGGAGCUGUGACCCUAUGGGUAUCUCCAACCUCUGAAGAGAAUCAGAAAAUCUCUUCGCCAUGUCCUCAGGACUCUGAGAAACCUGAAAGUCUGGAGCCAGAAAACACAGAAACAGAUGAUUGGAGAUCAUCACCCAACACUGAUGCCAACGGGGAUGCCCAACCAUCUUCUCUGGCUGCCAAGGGUUAUAGGAGUGUGCGUCCGAACCUUUCCUCAGACAGCAAGCCACAGGCCCUUCCUCCUCCCCGUCCUCCUCUCCCCAAGGAGGAAAGCUUUGCAUGGCGUCCUCGCACUGACACUAAAGCAACCAACCUGCUGCCAGUGCCCAUCAUGGAUUGCGUGUACCUGAAUGCACCCAAGCCUUCUGCUCAGCGUGCAUCACUAAAUGCCAGCGCACGGUGUUACUUCUCAUCACCCACCCCCUAUGGGGCAGUCCCCAGCGGGAAGCAAGGCUUGCCAGCAGGGCAUUUUCCUUCUUCAGGUCCCAGAGAUAUGGUGCAUGUUGGGCAGCCACUCUUGGAAAGUAGCUCCUCAUCAAAUGCAUCAUCCUUACAACGCAACCCUGACAGGGCAGAUCCCAGUAGUAAGGCUGGAAUGAAUUCCAGUCAUGAGACGAAGGCGGAUAAAAAGGUCAGCAAACUAUAUGUAGCUUGUUUAUCUAACAACACUUGCUCGGCCACGUCUGAAAAUUCCACUGGCACCACACAUGACCCAUCAGCCAGCACCAGUUUGGGAGCUGAGGUCACUCAGGCACCAGCCACCGAUAUUGUUUUCUCUGCAACGGGAAAAGCUCUUCCUGCUCCUCCUCCUCCUCCUAUUCCUCCCAGGCCGUACUUUUACAUUGUCCUCAAUAAAGACGCAGUUAGUUCUGAUCCGGGCCAGCCCUCCUGGACUCAGUCGUCACCUCCGCAAGCUUUGAGGGACAGAGUGCUAGAGCCCCAGAGCACAGCUGCCACAGAGAACAGAAUGAGAAAAGAGCCUUACCUUACCCAGCAGCGGCAGCCGCCAUACAAGGCAGUGGGACGCAGCAUGGAUGCCACUGCCACCACAACUCAGCCUGGGGUUAUAGUAGUCCCCCUUGUCCAGAUUAAUCCAGACAGACAGCAAGAAGGCAGCUCCAGCACUCCUCCACCGCCUCUGGUUCCUUUCGGGCAAGGCUCCGUAUUCCCCGAGACUGUUCCUCCUGGCACACCCUUGACUUUUCCGACUCUAGAUGAUUUCAUUCCCCCACAUCUCCAGAGGGGUUCCCACCAUAACCAAGCACCCUCUGCGUCUGGCACAUCACUCUCUGUUUACCCGAAACUUCCAUUCUUCUCAACACCACCUUCACUUGUACCUCCGGUUACGGGGGCUUUGCACAGGGGCUUGAAGCCUGAAAUCACUGGAGUCAUCUCACGUACAGACCCAGGUCCUGCACUAAAUGAAGUGACCCAGCCUAGCAGUGGCACUGACUAUCCAACUUCCUUCACAUCAAUCAACAAGUCAUCUUCUGCCUAUCCCUCUACCACAAUCGUCAAUCCCACUAUUGUCCUCUUGCAGCACAAUCGAGAACAGCAAAAAAGGCUUAGUAGCCUGGCAGAUUCUGUGCCAGACAGAAUAAUUUCAGAUAAAGUAGAUUUGGCACUCACGCAAGUCAAGCCAGCCCAGGAGCCAGUGCCGAGUGAGAGGAGGCUGCUGGAGGAGAAGAGAAGAACUGUCAAGAGCCCGCAGCACAUGGCUGAUACUUCUGUUGAUGACAUUGGCAUUCCAUUGAGGAAUACAGACAGAUCAAAGGACUGGUACAAGACAAUGUUCAAACAGAUACACAAGCUAAACAGAGAUGAAGAUUCUGAUUCAUACUCUCCUCGUUAUUCCUAUUGCGAGGACACCAGAAGCCAGCCUUCAGUUCCUCGCUCCAAGAGUGAGAUGGACCAUAUUGACUCAGAGAAGGUGUUUAAGAGGUCUGCCACUUUGCCCCUACCAAACCGUACUUCAUCGCUGAAAUCCAGCCCAGAAAGGACGGACUGGGAGCCUCCAGACAAGAAGGUGGACACUAGAAAAUACCGUGCAGAGCCCAGGAGCAUUUAUGACUAUCAGCCAGGAAAGUCCUCAGUUCUGAACAGUGAAAAGAUGACUGAUCUAGAAAAAGACCUCUACCUCUACCAGACUGAGUUAGAGGCAGAUUUAGAAAAAAUGGAGAAGCUUUAUAAAGCACCACAUAAAAAGCCACAGAAGAAUACAGCAGGUGUUACUCCUCUGGAAACUUCCACAGACCAUUCUUCAUACUCCACAUAUUCACCCAACUACCACGCAGCGAAGAGGGAUUCAGAACCAGCACUGGGGGACCUUGCUGGCUUGGAGAAUGAGAGACAGAUUUACAAGAGUGUGCUGGAAGGCGGAGAUAUCCCGUUCCAGGGGCUGAGCGGUCUCAAGCGUCCUUCUAGCUCUGCUUCCACAAAAGUAGAUUCAGAAUCACCAAGGCAUUUUGCACCAGUUGAUUACAUGGAAACUCCAGAAGAAAUUAUCCGCAGGCGUUAUGAUGAUAAAGAGAAACUUUUAGAGGACCAGAGACGGCUUAAACGUGAGCAAGAAGAAGCUGAUAUUGCAGCUAGAAGGCACACAGGGGUCAUUCCAACGCACCAUCAGUUUAUCACUAAUGAGCGAUUUGGGGACCUCCUAAAUGUAGACGAUACAGCAAAGAGGAAAUCUGGGUCAGAGAUGAGACCUGCUAGAGCCAAGUUUGACUUCAAAGCGCAGACUCUGAAGGAACUUCCUCUGCAAAAAGGAGAUAUUGUUUACAUUUACAAGCAGAUUGACCAGAACUGGUAUGAAGGUGAACACCAUGGCAGAGUUGGCAUCUUCCCACGAUCCUAUAUAGAGCUCCUCCCACCAGCUGAGAAAGCUCAGCCCAAAAAGCCAUUACCGUUGCAAGUAUUGGAAUAUGGAGAUGCUAUUGCUAAGUUCAACUUCAAUGGCGAUACACAAGUAGAAAUGUCUUUCAGAAAGGGUGAAAGGAUCACGUUGAUUCGACGAGUGGAUGAGAACUGGUAUGAAGGAAGAAUCUCUGGCACCAGUCGCCAAGGCAUCUUCCCUGUAACUUAUGUGGAAGUGCUCAAACGGCCAGUGGUCAAGAAUGCCAUUGAUUAUCCAGACCCACCUGUGUCACUCUCCCCUAACCGCAGCAUGACAGCUUCACCACAGCCUUCCCUCCAUUCAUUGAGAGCUGGACCAGAUCUCACAGAGUCUGAAAAGAGCUAUGUGCAACCUCAAGCACAGCAGCAAGGAACCAGCCCUGACAGAAGUCAAACACCACGAGACAUAGUUAGCUACCAAGCUCUAUACAGCUACACUCCUCAGAACGAUGAUGAGCUGGAACUGAGGGACGGUGAUAUUGUUGAUGUCAUGGAGAAAUGUGAUGAUGGCUGGUUUGUGGGUACAUCCAGGAGAACAAGGCAAUUCGGCACCUUCCCGGGCAACUAUGUGAAGCUUCUGUACCUGUAAAGUAACAGUAAUGCCACAGUGACAGAGAUGGAGCUGUUUUUCAGAUGGUGUUUUUAAACAAUGAAGAAAGAGACAAUUUAUGAAUGUAAUAGACAAGAGAUGAAAAGUGUUAGGAGGAUGUGGUUAUGUGGUACAGUAUUGAGUUGAAUGUGUAGCCCUGCUUCCACUGAUUCAGGGUAUGAUUUGUUUGCUGAAGAGACAGUUUCUAGUUUACAGUGCUGCCUUUGUGUAUUCCUCCCCCCUCCCCAACAAGAGUUCUGGUGAUAACCUUAAUUUGUAUGGAGUACUUUACUUCUGAGAAGGCUUCAGGGAAGCAAAAGGUAUAGGUUUUGUUUGUGUGUUAAGAUAUGACAGUACUUUCAGAAAGUACGUAGCCUUGCAGCUGCUCCUUUCACUGGUGAGGUCAGGGAGGCCAGGCUUCCUGCCUUGCUGAAGACUUACUGUGCUCUGCCUUCCACUCCCAUAAACUCCCUUCCUCCAUGCCACGCACCUUAAGACCCCGCACGGGCAGAGGACAGCCAAUGUGGUUAAACUGCAGAACUCUGUUGAGAAGGAGUUUGGGACUGGUAGUUUAAUCCAGAGAUGUCAGCCAAAGCAUACUGCAGACACGCAAAAAGCCCAAACCCUUUCCUAACACAUUACCCACUUCUGCAAGGGUUUUUCUUUCGUGCAGGGUGUGUGUGUGUGUGUGUGAGUGUACUGUGUGCAGCAAAACGAACGGAGUAAUGUUUUUUUAAAGAGUAAUCAACCUGGCUUUGACACUUAUCUGCACAAAGAAUAAAACCAAUAAACAGAACAUCCAUGAGAGCAAAUCCUGUUUAUGAGUCCUACGGCUGUUCACUUUUUCUGCUCCCCCUUGUUGGCCCAGAAGCAGUUGAAGCAUGCUCUUUGGGAUGAAGGCUUUGCUUCUCUCUCAUCAUUAAAUGUCAGAGGCUCUGAUAAGUCUGAGCAACAUGCCAUUGAAGGUGCCUUUUUCUGUUGUCCUUACAGUGUAGAUGGUAGCUCCAAUAAACACCUGCAUUUUGACUGGCCCUUAGUCCAACAAAAAAGUCUGCUCGGUUUGGAAAGCCGUUUUUACAGUGGUUGUUACCAGUCGUAGAGAUUUGUAUUUCUUUGAGAAAAAAACGUGGCUUGCCUGUAAAUCCACUACAAAUACUCUUUUGAUAGACACUUUGUUAUUAAGAAGUAUAUACAAAACCGGUUCUAUCAGACUCUGCUUCCUACAGUUACCAUACAAAUAGCAAAAGGUUAGAUUGCUAUUUUGUCAUAAGCCGUAUUUAAUAAUAUAAAAUGCCUAUUUUUAUGCUGAUGCUUUUAUACAGAUUUAUUAAGAGUAACUACAACUAACUGUUAGCACGACUUGCAAUAUGUUUUGAUAAACUAGCCAUGCUCCUGGGUUUGAAAUCAAGUAGGCUUGUCUUCCGUCUCAGUCUGCGGAGGAGAAGACUCAGUGUCUCAGAAGUUUGACUGUAAAUAUGUAUAUUUAACUUUGUACAGACAAUGUACUUACCUUGUAUAGAAAAAUAAUUUAAACGCAUUGAGUGAAGGGAGAAAAAGAAAGGCAGUUGUCAGAGGUUGGGAUUUUAUUCCACUUUUAUUUAAAUGAUGGAAUUCCGUGUGUGUUCAUAUAAAGAGUUUCAGCACAAAAUAUCCACUAUGAAAGAGUUUCAGGUAUGACACAAAGCACCACUGUCUCUUUUCUAUAGGAGAUAUCAUUAAUUCUGCAUCUUAUUCAUAUUUUUUUCUGCUUUGGUUUUUUCUUCCAGUUAUUUGUAGCAGUAUGUAGGCCUGUUGCUAAGAUUGGAUAGCACCAAAUUAAUCUAUCCAGCAGAGUAGCACAAUAAUACUGACUGUAUAUAACCUACUCAUUUAAAGGUUUAUUUUCUGUUCUCGCUCUUGCCAUUUAAAGUUACACACACACACACACACACACACACAUCACAACUUAUUUUUGUGUUGAUUUUUGUUCCUUAUUGCAGUGGAUUACUAUUUGGCAAUUAAUAAAUGGAAGUAUUGAAUUACUAUUGUGUUUGUUGUACAAAUUAUUAAAUAAAGCCUGUUCCCGAUA